CUCUUUUAUAUGAAAAUGCCUCCAGAGGCUUCUAAGGUAAUCUCCUUGCUCGUGAAUUCUGAUUUGAUUCAGAUUUCAGACUCCAUAGCCAUGUUUUCGAAACCCGUUUUAGUUUCUUCUUCUUCUUUUCUUGCGGCAAAGCAACGGGAGGCUCUCAUGUUGAGUUCCUCCUUUGUUGGUACUUCUAGCAAAUUCACAACAUCUUCUUGUAAUCUGAAUUUGAAGCCCAGAAUGGAAAGUUUCCAAGUUUCUGCUUCUGUUGAUACCAACAACAAUAUGCCGCUUACAGGUGUAGUGUUUCAGCCAUUUGAAGAAGUCAAAAAGGAGGUUCUUGAUAUACCUGUUGCUCCUCAAGUUUCACUUGCCAGGCAGAAGUUUUCCAGGGACUGUGAAGCCGCCAUAAAUGAGCAGAUCAAUGUUGAAUACAAUGUCUCUUAUGUGUACCACGCCAUGUAUGCGUAUUUCGAUCGAGAUAAUAUUGCUCUCAGGGGCCUGGCAAAAUUUUUCAAGGAGUCGAGUGAAGAAGAAAGACAACAUGCUGAAAAGCUGAUGGAAUAUCAGAACAUGCGUGGAGGAAAAGUAAAGCUACACUCUAUUCUGAUGCCCCCCUCGGAGUUUGAACAUGCAGAGAAAGGAGAUGCAUUGCAUGCCAUGGAAUUAGCAUUGUCUCUGGAGAAGUUAACAAAUGAGAAGCUUUUGAGCCUGCACAGAGUGGCAGACCAAAACAAUGAUCCGCAACUGAGAGAUUUUAUCGAGGGUGAAUUUUUAGCAGAGCAGGUGGAGGCCAUUAAUAAGGUAGCAAAAUUUGUGGCCCAAUUGAGAAUGGUUGGAAAAGGGCACGGGGUGUGGCACUUUGAUCAAAUGCUCCUCCGAGAGGGUGAUGCUGCAUGAUGAAUGAACAGAGUGCUACUACUUUUUGUUUGCACUAUUUGCUGCUGAAAUUCUGGAAAGCUUCUACCUCACAAUUUCAAUAGGUUGAGAAUAAUGAACCAAGCCUUGCUUUCGCAUAAUACCAAUGGGAGAGUCAGCUGUACAUUGAGAUGUGUAGUGUGAGUGAUGUAAGAGUGUUGGCAUAGAAUCAAUUCAUCUACUUAUUAUAAGUGUAAUAUCAAGUUUAGAUUUUAUCUGUUUUUAACAAAUAAUUCAUCAUGGUAUGGUUUUAUUUUAUGUGUUUUAUAAGUUAAAAUAUGUCUCGAUAGUUGUU